AUGGGCUUCGGCGACUUUUCGACGAUAUGCACCAAGGCGGCGAUUCCUCUGUGCGCGCUGGUGGGCGAGCAGCAGAUCAACGGUGGCGCGGGCAUACAAACAAACUGCUACUCGAGGACGAUUGAGAUCGCGAACACGCUCAUCUUCCAGUGCGCGAACGACUUCAUGCACAUUCUGGCCAUGGUCAUGACUGUGAUUAUGAUUAUCCACGUGCGCUCAAAGUUCACUGCUGUCGGCCGCAAAGAGAUCACAUCCGUCUUCUACAUCUACCUCCUCCUGACCAUCAUAUCGCUCAUCCUCGACGCCGGUGUCACUGCACCCGGCUCCGCUCCGUACCCGUACUUUGCCGCCGUACAGAAUGGCCUCGUCUCCGCUCUCUGCACCUGCUUGCUGAUCAACGGCUUCGUCGGUUUCCAGCUGUAUGAGGAUGGAACAACGCUCUCGGUCUGGCUACUGCGACUCUGCUCCCUCGCCAUGUUCGUAGUCAGCGGUGCUGUCUCGCUUUUGACCUUCAAGAACUGGGCAGGACUGAGCUCCAAGAACCCCAUCGGCAUCAUGAUCGUCACCUAUAUCGUAAACGCCAUCUUCCUCUUCGUCUACGUUGUCAGCCAGAUCAUUCUGGUUGUCGGCACACUCGAGGACCGCUGGCCGCUUGGCGACAUCUCGUUCGGUGUCUUCUUCUUCGUCAUCGGCCAGGUCAUCCUCUAUGUCUUCAGCGAUACCAUCUGUGAUAACGUCCAGCACUACAUUGAUGGUCUCUUCUUUGCUACCAUCUGCAAUUUGCUGGCAGUCAUGAUGGUCUACAAGUACUGGGAUUCAAUCACCCGCGAAGAUCUCGAGUUUUCAGUCGGUGUCAAGCAGCACAACUGGGAAGUCAAGGAACUUUUGCCAGACGAGGAUAAGCGUGGCACCGUCUACCAAGACUCUGACUACACGCCUUCGCUAUACCAGCAACAGUACAACGGACGCCAUUCACACUACUCCAACCUCGGUCACUAGAGCUACGUUGGACAUCACAUUCUGUUUUUGCAUGCUUUGUUGUUUGUAACUUGAUCUGACGGCAUGAUAUGGAGUUGCGGCGUAUAUCGACGAUGGCGUUCGACCAAGGCCUGUUGCAUCUGGCCUUUGAUCCAGAUGACUCGACUUUAGGCAUUGGCUUAAUCGGAGCAUUGUUCGGCGCAACAUGUUCUUGCGUUCCACGGACACCAAAACCC